AUGGCUUCUCAAUCACACGCAUCAGAGCGGGAUGCCCUCACAAAGCGCAUCCUCCCGUCCAUGACGCUCGCGCAAGGCGACGACUCCAAAUAUACCAUCAACUGCCCAGCCAAGCACCCCCGGGAUUCAGCACAAGGUCGCUUCACCGUCUCGGGAAACGCCAUCAUCACAGGCGGAACCGGGGCCAUUGGCCUCAAAACGGCACGAGCAAUGCUUCAGCACGGCCUCGCGGGCCUCAUGCUCUUCGAUCUCGACGUCGACGCAUCUCAGCGGAGCAUCCAGGAGCUCAGGGACGAAUUCCCAGGCGCCAAGAUCGAAGCAUUGCCCGUGGACGUCACAAAUGAGGAGCAAGUCUCUGCGGCUGUCGCGGAAGCCGUCUCCCGUCUAGGAUCGGCAGAUGUGCUCGUGUGCUUUGCGGGAAUCGUUGGCUGCGCGCACGCCCUCGAAACGCCGGCAUCCCAGUUCCGCAAAAUCCUCGACGUCAAUACGACGGGCACCUUUAUAUGCGCUCAGGCAGCCGCCCGCCAAAUGGUGAAGCAGGGCACCGGCGGCAGGAUCGUGCUCACGGCGUCCAUUUCCGCACACAGAGUCAACUUCCCCCAGCCCCAGGUUGCGUAUAACGUGAGCAAGGCGGCCGUCGUGAUGCUCAAGAGCUCGCUGGCAGCCGAGUGGGCUAGGUAUGGAAUCACGGUGAACAGCGUGAGCCCGGGGUACAUGGACACGGUUCUCAAUGCUGGUCAAGGUCUGGCUGAGGCGAGAAGGACGUGGUGCGAGCGGAAUCCGUUGGGGAGGAUGGGCUUGCCGGAGGAAGUCGCUGGAGUGGUGGUGAUGCUGGUGAGCAAGGCGGGCUCGUACAUGAAUGGGGCAGAUAUAAUAUGUGACGGCGGCGGUGUUGUAUUCUAG